UAAAUUCAUAGUAAAUUGAAAGUCAAUUCCUAGCCUGUAGUGAUGAAUCAUAUACAGAGGUCAUCCAUGAAAUCUAUCUCACUUUGCCUUUCAAGCUUCAUGUUGCUAAUUCCCAGCCAAACAAGCUAACCCAAUUCUCAUUGCAUAAACAAACAGUAACUUCAAAGACUUGUAAAACUCAUUUCUAUUUUGCCUUGUAAGUUCAUCCAUCAAUUCCCCAACUUUCCGAUUAUAAACAAAAAAAAUCCCAACCCCACAAGUUUAAUUUGAGGUGAUGAUGAAGGGGUUGAUUCUUUUGGUGUGGUGUGUCGCCGCCUCGGCCGCGGUGGGGUUACCGCUACACACCGAUACACGGUGGAUCGUGGACGGGGCAGGGGAAAGAGUGAAACUAAGAUGUGUAAAUUGGGUGUCGCAUUUGGAGGCGGUGGUGGCGGAGGGGCUUUCGAAGCAGCCGAUUGAGGAGAUUUCAAACAGAAUUCAGUGGUUGGGAUUCAACUGCGUCAGACUCACUUGGCCACUGUUUUUAGCCACGAAUGAGUCUUUGAAUUCCCUCACCGUCCGACAGUCUUUCCAGCGCCUCGGCCUCGCCGAAGCCAUCGCCGGAAUCCAAGCUAACAACCCCUUCAUCAUCGAUCUUCCUCUCUUAAAAGCUUUUGAGGCAGUGGUUGGAAAAUUGGGGGAGGGGAAAUUAAUGGUGAUAUUGGACAAUCACAUAAGCAAGCCAGGAUGGUGCUGUAGUAACUUCGACGGAAAUGGGUUCUUUGGUGAUCAAUAUUUCAACCCUGACUUAUGGAUUAAAGGCCUCACUCGAAUAGCUACCAUGUUUAAUGGUGUCAACCAUGUUGUUGCUAUGAGCCUUAGGAAUGAGCUUCGUGGCCCAAAACAAAAUGUCAACGACUGGUACAGGUACAUGCAAAGAGGAGCAGAAGCAGUUCAUUCAGCAAACCCAGACAUUCUUAUAAUCCUCUCAGGACUUAGCUAUGACAGAGACUUAUCUUUUCUCAAAAACCAACCCAUAAACCUCACAUUCACAUCCAAAACGGUAUAUGAAGUUCACUGGUAUGCUUUUUCAGAUGGAUCUUCAUGGGAAUCAGGAAACUCAAACCAAGUAUGUGGAAGAACAACAAACAACUUAAUGAAAAUGUCUGGAUUUCUAUUACAACAAGGAUUCCCUCUGUUCAUAAGUGAAUUUGGAAUUGACCAAAGAGGAACAAAUGUAAAUGACAACAGAUAUUUGAGCUGUUUUUUAGCUGUAGCUGCUGAAUUGGACCUUGAUUGGGCAGUUUGGACACUUGUUGGAAGCUAUUAUUUGAGAGAAGGGGUUGUUGGUUUGAAUGAAUUUUAUGGAAUCCUUGAUUGGAAUUGGUGUAAUCUUAGAAAUUCAACUUUCCUUCAAAGGAUUUCUGCUCUUCAAUCUCCAUUUCAAGGGCCAGGAUUAGCAGAAAGAAGGGAGUAUAAUGUGAUUUUUCAUCCAUUAAGUGGGCUUUGCGUGGUGAGAAAAUCAUUAUUAGAUCCAUUAACAUUAGGCCCAUGUGUUGAUACAGAUGCUUGGUAUUAUACUCCACAAAAGUUUCUAACUCUAAAAGGGACUUAUUUCUGUAUACAAGCAGAUGAAAUUGGGAAGCAAGCUAAAUUGGGGAUUAUAUGUACUGUUAAUAAUGCUAAAUGGGAUAUGAUUUCUGAUUCAAAAUUGCAUCUUUCUUCAAAAUCUAGUAAUGGGUCCUUAGUUUGUUUGGAUGUAGAUUCAAGCACAAAUGAAAUUGUGACCAAUUCUUGCAAGUGUUUGAGUCGUGACUCAUCCUGCGACCCAAGUAGCCAGUGGUUUAAGCUCGUUAACAGUACAAGAAGUUUGGGCCGGGGAAGGUCGAUGAUUAACAUGGUUGGUUCAUCUUUGCCUAACGUUGCGACCAAGUUUGUAGACUUAUGAAAAAUAAUAGAAUUGUGAAAAUGGAGGAAGAAAAGAUGAAGAAGAAAAAAAAGAAUGAAUGCCCCCAUGCAGGAUCGAACUACAGACCUUCAGUUUACAAGACUGACGCUCUACCACUGAGCUAUAGGGGCUCUUGAUGCUAACGCUGUGUGAUUAAGUCACUAAUUUGGUUAUUAAAUUGUUAAUGUCUACUAACUUAAGGAUUAAUAAUUUCAAUCUAUAAACUCUUAAUUUGGUAUAAUUAAACUGUUUAUUCAAAGGAAAAUAAUUUACUGCUU